AUGUCGGACCAUUCAUUCGAAAACAGCUUCAAUGGCCUGCUCUCAAGCAACUCUCUACCCGGUGACCUCUCUUUACAAAGGGCAAAUGGCAUAAAAGACGGCAGUGCCAAUGACGCCUUGGCGUCUCGAGCUGAUGAGUUGGAAGCCCUUCUCGCGUCGGUCCUCGAUCAGCUCAUCCGCUUCGUUCGACGAGCAGACUCAGAGCGUAUAGCUCACCAAUUCCAUCAACCCGUAUCUAUAUCUCCCAUUCUUGAGCCAAAAUCACCUCCAGAUCUGCUCUCCAUCCUGACAUCAGACGGCACUUUGUCUCUGCCUCUUCGGGGUACUGGCCAAGACGGCCUCGCCACUUCUCUAUCUUCGAUAUUGAAAUACAGCGUUAAUACCUCUGCCCCCGGAUUUCUUGACAAGCUAUACUCCAGUCCUUUGCCUCCCGGUAUAGCGGCAGAUUUGAUUCUCAGCGUUCUCAACACAAAUGUGCAUGUUUACCAGGUUUCUCCCGUGCUCUCGCUCAUUGAGACCUACACCACGAAAGCUCUGGCAGCAUUGUUCGGCUUCACUAGUCCAAGAGCCGGGGGCAUCAAUGUUCAAGGCGGGAGCGCGAGCAACAUGACUAGUAUUGUCAUCGCGCGGAACACUCUGUUCCCGGACACGAAACAGUCGGGAAAUCAUGCUGGAGGUAGGCAAUUGGUGAUGUUCACUUCUGAGCAUGGACAUUACAGUAUUGAAAAAGCUGCGCAACAGUGCGGUUUUGGUUGCGAAAGUGUCAUUUCCGUCCCUGUUGAUCCGGUGUCUGGAAAGAUGGAUCCCGAGGCGUUUGAGUCCUUGAUCAUUAGGGAGAAAAGCAAGGGAAAUACUCCAUUCUAUGUCAAUGCCACUGCCGGAACAACAGUCCUGGGAUCAUUCGAUCCGUUUGCGGCCAUUGCAGGAAUUGCGAGAAGACACGGGCUGUGGAUGCACAUCGAUGGUGCUUGGGGCGGGAGCUUCGUCUUUUCCGACAGUCUUCGUCAAUCAAGGCUGAAGGGUUGUGAGCUCGCAGACAGCAUCGCCAUCAAUCCGCACAAGAUGCUGGGUGUCCCAGUCACUUGCAGCUUCCUCUUGCUCAAAGAUCUCAAAAAUGCUCAUAUGGCAAACACUCUCCGUGCGGGAUACCUGUUCCACGACGAGGAUCAAGUCGAGCGGCAAGCUGAGCAGCUUGGAUUGAAUGGCCAUAAUCAAUCACAACCGCACGAUGAGGAUUGGAUCCCUCCCAACGACCUCGCCGAUCUCACACUUCAGUGUGGACGCCGCGGAGACAGUCUGAAACUCUUUCUGUCCUGGCAAUACUAUGGGACUUUGGGGUACUCGUUAAAGGUCGAGAAUGCGUAUUCACUCGCUUGCUACAUGGCAGACCUUGUGGAUAAGAGUCCAGACUUGUUGCUAGUGAGCACGAAUCCCCCGCCCUGCCUGCAGGUGUGUUUCUACUUCGCUCCGGCAGGUAAAAUGGUGAAUGAGAUGAGCAAUGGUAGCCAUGUUCAGGUUAAUGGCAGCAAUGGAGGCGACAAACCCAGUAAGGCUGAAAUGGUCGGCAAGCUUAACUCAGCAGUCACAAGUCGAAUAGCUCGCUCCUUGAUUUCUCGAGGCUUCAUGGUCGACUACGCGCCUGCCUUGAGCCACGAGGUCGAGAAAGGUUCCUUUUUCCGGGUGGUUGUAAAUAUCUCCACCGCCAGGGAGACAGUCCUGAGGCUCAUUGAGGAAGUCAGCCUUAUUGGACGAGAAGAAAGGUCUAGAUCUUCGUAA